AUGACGGUCGCAAGAAAUAGGAAGGAUUGGUCGGAUAAGCUAGAUGAAGCCUUGUGGGCAUAUAGAAUGGCUUUUAAAACUCCUAUUGGCACUACAUCUUACCGCUUGGUUUUUGGGAAGUCUUGUCAUCUUCCGGUCAAACUUGAGCAUUGUACUCAUUGUGCUAUCAAGAAAAUUAAUUUCGAUUUGGCAAGUGCAGGUGAGCAAUGUUGGCUUGAUCUCCAUGAGUUGGAAGAAAUUCGAUUGGAUGAUUAUGAUUGUGCAAGCAUGUACAAGACUCGCACUAAGGAAGUGCAUGAUAAACUUAUUGAGAAGAAGGAGUUCAAUGUUGGAGACAAGGUCAUUCUUUACAAUUCUAGGAUGAUAUUUUUUCCCGGGAAGCUAAUGUCUCGUUGGAGUGGGCCUUUUGUUGUUCAAGAGGUUUUUCUUAAUGAUGUGGUUGAAAUAUCUCCUUUGGAUUUUUCAAGAACUUUCAAUGUCAAUGGUCAUAGGCUCAAGCGCUACCCUGAUGGAGUUUUUGUGGGGGUUGUUCAUGAUAUGACUUUUUUUGAUCCACCUUGA